AGGCUAUGCAGGAUUAAAAUAUAAAAUUGAUUUGUUGAUUUAAUGUUAAAAUAUGGAAAAACGGACUAUAAGAACGUAUAGCAGAAGGCAGCCCAUCGCUGCAUUUAAAUCUGUUGUAACAUUUGCACCAAAUUGUCCGAAUUCUACAAAUAUUUCUAAUAUCAGAGAAUCUCGAUUACUUGAUAAUACUCUGACUGUCAGUACUUUUGAUGAUACAUUUGACAGGUUAGCAGCUGGAGUAGUUAUACAACCACAAAUUAAUUCAACGGAUCAACCUAGCUCCGAUACCGAUAGUGAUGACUUUUUCAAAAUAAUUCCAGAAAAGAAGGAAGUGCAAAAAGUUUUAAGAGAAGGCUGUAAUGAUGAAAAUGAUGGAAAUGUAGAAGUUGAUGAAAGUAUAUAUAAUUAUCCAAAUGAAGGAGUGAAAAGAAAAAUUUGUGAUUAUAAAAACAAUGAUGAAAAUUUGGAAGCAAGUUCUCCUGAGAGAGAGGAAAAUCAACAUGGUGAAAUAACUGUUUUAAGUAAAAAAAAAAGAAUAUGUCUAGAUGGUGAACAGAAUGAAGUAUUAAAUACCAAUCAACUGAAAGUAAUAGAUGAAUUACCUACAAGUACUCCUAGAGAAUAUAAAAUGCGGACAAAUAUUGAUAUAUACAAUUGCUCCCCUAUAUUAUUAGACAAUGAUAUAUACAUAAAUGAUAAACACAUUCCAAAAGUUUCAAUAACAUCAUAUGAAAGUAUGUCACAAGAAAAAACAAUUCAAUUUUUAAAACCAGAAGAUAAACAGUUAAAUAAUUCUGAUCUCAAUCAUUUUAACAAUUCAAACGAAAUUACUGCACAAGAAUUAUGUAAUUCCAAAGCUAAUGGCAUUCCUAUGUUAAAUGAAAAUACUAUUGAUAAGAAUUUAAAUGAUUCUAAAUUGCUGUUUGGUAACAAAUUACUAAAUGAGACCACUAUUGAUAUUGAAAAUGAUAAUAAUUUGUUAAAAAAUAUUGAUAUACAAUCAAAUAUGGAAAAGCAAUUGACAAACAUUGCUCCAGAAAAAAAAGAACAAAAAAAGAAUAAAGUUAUUAGCAUUAUUGACUCUCCUUUACUUUUUGAUGAUACAGAGGGCAAUUUAGAUCAAUUUUGCAAAAAUAAAACAAAAAAAGUAUUAGAUUUAAAAAAUAAUUAUAAUAAGAUAAAAGAAGCUAAACAAUUAAGUAUGAGUAAAGAACUAAUUGUACUUGUAUCAAAACUGGAAGAAAUAGAUGAAAACUAUCGACUACCUGUAGCGAAAAAAAAUGAUAAAAAAAAAAUUAAAACCAUAUUUAAAAAAUCUAAAAAUAUUGUUAAAUCAAGGGACGUAGGAAGAAAUUUUGGUGAAAAUAAUGUUAAUGUAAAAAAUUCAAUGAGCGAUUUGAUUUUGAAUCAAAAUACAGACAUUAAUUUAAAUGAAAAUGUAUUGAUAAGAAGCGGCGAGGUAAAUUGUGAAGCUGACCGAAACAUUAAUAAUGUCGAUGAAGAAUUUCCACUUUCUUUAAAAUUAAAAGAUCCGACUAGGAUUACUAUGAGAAGAAGACUAAUUAAAACAUCGAAUAAGCCAUUGGGAUCUAUAGGAGAAAAUUAUCUGGAAGAAGGUACUAUUAUUGAGAAAGAGAAUAAAAUCGAUUCACAUAAUGAUUCCACCAAUGGAAAUAGUUUUGCGAACGAUAGUGUUAAGAGUCCAUCGGUUUUUUUAAAGCCUGGAAAAUCUUGGGCGAGAUCCUUGUCAAUUAUAAAUCAUUUUCAUAAUGUACAAAACUUGGAUGAAUUAGCAAUUGGAAGAGGCAAAAACUGGAGACACAGUGUUCAAUCCAUUUUAAAUAUGCAACCAGAAGAUGUUAUUCAGAAAGAUAAAAAUAGAUCACCUUCAAUCACCGGUAGACCUCGUUUUUCACGAGGUUUUUCCAUACGCAUUAUUCCAAGUGGUAAAAAAUCAACUCUUACCGACGAUUUUACAGAUAUUAAAAAAAUUGUUGACGUUUCUGAUAUAAGACGUAAAACAUCGGUUGCAAGAAAAUUUUCCACGAAAAUUCGUAGAGAUACAUUAAUUGAAACUGAAGAUGAUUUAAUUCGAUCGGCAAAAGAUAUUAUUUUAAAGCGCUGUAAACAAACAUCUUACUUGCCUUUCAAUGUUUGUUUUUCUGACUCAUAUAUAGAUUGUUGUCGAAAAAUCGGUGAAGGCGUUUACGGUGAAGUAUUUCUAUAUGAAAAUAAUAAUGAAAAAUCAGUUAUAAAAAUUAUACCAAUCGAAGGUCAAGAAUUGGUUAACUGUGAACCGCAAAAAAAAUUUCAUGAAAUUCUUUCUGAAAUUAUCAUUUCUCAAGAAUUAAAUAAACUCAGAUUCGGAGAGGAGUAUAACACAAAUUGUUUCGUUGGAGUUAAUAAAGUUAUGUGUAUUAUCGGAUCGUAUCCGAAAAAAUUAAUUAAUUUAUGGAAAAAGUAUGACUUUGAGAAGAAGUCGGAAAAUGACUGCCCAUCUAUGUUUACUAAGCAGCAAUUGUAUGUAGUUCUCGAGCUCGCGCAUGGUGGACAAGACCUUGAGGCUUAUAGCUUUCAAAAUGCAUUAGAAUCUUAUUCUAUAUUCAUACAAACUGCAUUCUCCCUGGCUAUUGCUGAAAAAACUCUCGAAUUUGAACAUAGAGAUCUACAUUGGGGAAAUCUUUUAAUAUCUAAAACAAAAGAUGCGAACGCCGUCUUUAAAGUUGAUGGUGUGGAAAUUUUAAUACCUACCAAUGGGGUCAAAGUUUCAGUGAUUGAUUUUACAUUAUCUAGAAUGCUGUAUCAAGGUUGUAAGAUUUUCAAUGAUUUGGCAACAGAUCCUACAUUAUUUACAGCACAAGGAGAAUAUCAAUUUGAUAUUUAUAGAAUGAUGAAGGAUAACGUCAAUAACGACUGGCAACAAUUUAAGCCGUACACAAAUAUUUUAUGGCUGGAUUAUAUCCUUGACAAAAUGAUAACGGCUGUGAGAUAUAAAAAGAAAACUACAAAAGUUCAUAGGACCAAUAUGGAAGAAAUGAAAGCAUUGAGAAAAGAGAUUUUUAAUUAUGAUAGUGCUUUUGAUUUUAUCAAAAAUUGCAAAAAAAUCACUACCAUAUUUAAUGUCAUUGGUGAUAAAGCAUAA